AUGACCUGUUCAGGAAUCACGUUUUUUAGAGAAAAUAUUGGAAAGCUAGAAGAAGAAGACGAUGAGCAUAUGCCUAUUGGAUUCGAAGUAGCCUUUCCUUCAUUACUUGAGAUAGCUCGAGGAAUAAACAUAGAUGUACCGAUACCAAAAGAGAUAAUGCACAAGAUACCAACAACAUUGCUGCAUAGUUUGGAGGGCAUGAUUGAUUUGGACUGGGAAAAGCUAUUGAAACUUCAGUGUCAAGAUGGAUCUUUCCUCUUCUCUCCUUCCUCUACAGCUUUCGCGUUCAUGCAGACCCGAAAUAGCAAGUGCCUUGGGUAUUUGCGCAACGCCGUCAAACGUUUCAAUGGAGGAGUUCCCAAUGUCUUUCCUGUGGAUCUUUUCGAACACAUAUGGAUUGUGGAUCGGCUACAACGAUUAGGGAUAUCAAGAUACUUUGAAAAAGAAAUUAAAGAGUGUCUUGAUUAUGUUCACAGAUUUUACUCUAAUGAUGAUGAUGAUAAAACAUCAGAUAUUGGACAGACAAAGGCAUAUGUUGGUCUAGAUGCUCCCAUGUCCAAGAUAUUGACGAUACAGCCAUGGCAUUUAGGCUCUUAA